CAAGCCUUUCCUUUCCUUUCCUUUCAUUCACUCGCAUUUUGAAAUUUCAAACUCUUAUCAUUCUCUCUGUUGUUUCAAAUAUGAAGGGAUUGAACACUGCUAACAUUGCUCACAAGAAGCUCGACACUGAAACAAUGAAGAAACGCAAGGCUGAAGUGGCAUUGACAAAGAAGGAAAAAGCUAGUAAGAAUUCUGGAGCUCCAAAGCGUCCUCCAACUGCAUUCUUCAUUUUCAUGGCUGAUUUUAGGAAGAGCUACAAGGAGAAUUUUCCUGAUAAUAAAUCUGUUGCUGUGGUCGGGAAAGCUGGUGGUGAGAAAUGGAAGGCGAUGUCUGAAUCUGAGAAAGCUCUCUAUGUUGAAAAAGCUGCUAAGCUGAAGGAGGAGUAUGAGAAGAUUAUGGAAGAAUAUAACAAUAAGGUUGUGUUCUUAUUCAUUUAA